AUGAUGGGAGAGGCAGAUCUCAUCAAGACCGUCAGAGGUCUCGACCAAAAAGGGCCGGGGGAAACAGGACAGAACCUCGAAAACUUAUGGCACAGCCUCACAAAGGCAUCAGAUUGCCAGUUCCACGCGGCGGAAGAGAGCACCCUGAGAUGGCUGCUCAAGUCCAUGAGCGGGCCUUCACCCGAGGCAGAAACUCUACGGCGGUAUCCAUUGACCUGGACGAUUCUGGACUAUACCUUUCAAAAGGUACCGCUUUUCUCGCUUGCCAAAUCCCUCGCAGAUAGGAAAUUUGUUUCGGUACUGCAGCAGACUCUCAAGGACGCAUCGAACCCGAGUGAGGAGGCUGCCCCUUCGAGCCUGAAAAGGAAGAGGCCACUGGCCCCCACUUACGCCUUGGACGAGCUGAAAAGCCUGGAAAGUUGUUUGGCAACGGGUCAGGCUGUUUUGAGAGCCUUGAAAUCUUUGCUUGGGCGACUAGAGAACGCCGCCGUCGGCUCGCGUGACAGCAUCGGAGCUGAGCACAUCAAGUCUCUCUUCUCUACCUCUGCAGCCGAAGCCGCACCGUUAGCAUCAUCCUUCUUCAUCAUCUGCCUCCUGUUAUUAACCAGCGACAUUUGCGACGAUGUCGAUGGCAAAGAAGACUGGAUCGCCACCAUCUCCGAGAUAUGGGAUCUCCAUUUACAGGCAAAGGGCGAUGCCCUGGAAAUCGCGACACACAUCUUCCCACCAGCAGCCGCGAUCCUACGACACUUGAAGCCUGCCGACCAAGGCCAUACAUCGACCAUCGGUGAAGCUCUUGCGGCUCGAUGGAGUGCGGACCUUAAGAGGUUCAUGCGCAAGAACUUUAUCCUCCCUGCGUUCAACUUUUUCUGGGAGCGCCAGGAUCUCGAUGUCCUUACGAGGGCGCUCGAUGUGACAGACAACAAAGUCAGGACAUAUGCCCCAGAGCUCUACUCGCUGGCUGCUGAGAAGUCAUAUCUGCCUACUGAAACCCAUGUGCGCCGGAUCAACGAGAUGUGGAUGGAUCAGAUAUUCAAGAUUGUGGAAAAGCAAAUCUCUACAAAGCCAGACUGCAAUGCCCUUAUGAAGCGGAUCUUAGCACAGGCGGCACAAAACUCGGUGGCGAUCGAUGCAGGGGACCUUCGUCAAGUAUGCCGGAACUAUGGCUUGAAAUCGGAAAUUGACUGGAGCUUGCUCGCGGCGGCGGCUGCGUGCAACCCGGAUAUCUUUCAAGUGGCCAAGGAAGGCACAGAUUUGUUGAAUGACGUUUGCAGUCAGAGCAUCAACCAGACGCCAGAGCCUGAUGUUUACAGGGAUCAACUAGACCUCAUUGUGGCUAUAAAGAAGAGCUUCCUAACACGCCGCGAUCUGUCUGGGUUCUUGCGCUUAUGGUUCUCGCAGUUGUGCUCGACAGAGAAGCGGAAAAUAGUCUCCAAUAGCCCCUGGUUUGAUAUAGGGCGACAAGGACGCCUCGAAAGUUCGAUUUCUUCACUGAUAGAGUCUGACUUGUCGCCACACCAACUGCUUGCGAUUAUCGAAUGGCUUGCGGAACAGGACCCCAGCUCAUAUCCCCAGUCUCUAUGCCUCUUCACAAGCGUCAUCGCGCAGGGGCUGCAUAGCGAGCAGUUCGUCGACGCGGUCGGCUUGAAGUUGUUCGAUCUAGUUUUCCAGCUCAAAAACUCUUCAAAGACUGCCCUCAAGUGGAGGGUCGUUUCCAAGACGAUUUCAUGGGCUGCUCCCGAGGAACGCAACAAUAUCUGGGGUCAGGUGAAAGAGCAGUUGUCCAAGCUUCUGCGUAAAGGCGCAAUCAACUCGGCUGAAACAUUCGAAGCUUUCAAAUGCUGCUUUCAGGCCUGGGAUCUCCUGAGCCAAGAUGAGGCUGCAGUUGACGAGCCCUCUAAGUUGGUGGAGAAAUUUACACGGCGGCUAGUCGAAGAAUUUGCGUCGCAGGAAGUUCUUGAGAUCACCAAACUGUCGGCCUCACUCGAUCCAGGAGCAAAAGCAGAGUUUGACGAGGAACUCGCCUUCCAACAAUACCUAGCCUGGUAUGUCCUUGGUGGAAGCCGCUUCUAUCGACUCUAUUCAAGAAGGACGGAUGAACUGCCACUACUUGAGGCGGUAUCUUCUGCAAAGGAUGCGAGCCCCUCAGGGCUGCGUACGCUAUGGACUGCUCUCCUGAGCAACGAGGUCAAUAUUAACGAUCCGAAACUCUCGAAAAAACUCUUGGACCGUCUGAUCACCGCCUUGGGAAAGUCUGAGAAGGAGAAAGGCUGGCCGGGAGAGGUAGGGCAGCUCUGGAUUCGAACACUAUGCAGCAUACCCCUGGAAGCUUUUAGCCGCGCUCAGCGUGAGCAGGUCAUGAGCUUAUUGGACAAGGGAAGAGAAAAGAUGAUCAAGUCUCCGAAGCGGGUGUCCCUCGAAGGGUGGAAGCUGGUGCUCGAUUUGGCGAGCAAAAUGAUGGCACGGCCGACUUUCUACGAAGGGAUGCGGUUCUCCCAUCUUGUCGACUAUGCCGAUGCCCUUUCUACUGUCUCCUUUGAGCAGACGAUACGCAGCGAGACGCUGCUCGAGCUGGUCGAAAGAUAUUUCGCCAUGGCGUCAACGAUAGUUCGGCAGAUGUCGGAUAAUUUUGAUGAACGAAGUGCGAAAUACUUCUCGGAAGGCUUGGCGUUUGUUGAAACCUGCGAAACGGAAGUGGCCAAGGAGGAGCCCUUGAGCCUACCGGCACUUCGCGUCACGCUUCUGAAGGCUCUUGUUGUUGAGCUCAAGAGGUCGUCGGCGCUUCAAAGCCAGCCUGUCCUCAGCCAACUGCAACAGAAGGCGAAAGACGCAUUGGCCCGACACAUAGCGGCGGUGCUGGGAGAGCUCAUUGCGAACAAGAAGCUCUUAUCAAAGCAGGACAACACGAGAGACCUGGGACUUCUCGCGACAACACACGCCGCAGAGGUUAUUGACGAUGCCGCCGGGUUGUCACAGCACAAGUCAAGCGCGGUUCGAAAGCUGGAGAAGCGGAGCCGGGAGGCCAUGGACGACGGCGACUUGAGGGCAUGGAAGGUUCAGAUUUUCCUCCACACAUAUCUGGCGAGCGAAAUGGAGGAUCCCCGCCCAACUCGGUUCACCAGCCUGGCGGGCCUACCUUCAAAAGCCCGCGAGUCUCUGCUGAGAGAAUAUGUCACGUCCAUCAUCGCCAACAUGGAAAUGCCUGACGUUUCGCGUUACCUCAGAGAGCUGAUUAGUGAGUUUACGGGAGGCUACGAUACGGAUGGCCAAGCUCUGGCCAUCCAGCAUGUCGUUGGCCAUCUCAUUGAACGCACUGAUCUACACGGCAAGGCUGAAGGUGUUGAUCUAUCAACGGCUCACAGCGAGUUGACGCUCUCUCUGUCGAAGAAGUCGCCCAAUGUGUCCUACACGUGCCAAACUAUUCACACUCUUCUGGAAAGGAAGCCGCAAGCCAUGGGACAGUGGAACAUUGAAAUUACGCUGAGCACUGCCAGCGACUUGGCCUUGUCGAAGGAGUCAACAGUGCCCUUCACGUGGUUGUGCAAAUUGGUCGGCGCAGUCAUCAAGAAGCACCGCUUACGAUUGGAGGGCCACCACCACUUGCUCCUGACCACCGUGCAAGCCCUGCUCAACAGCCUGGUCCUUCACCAGCCGAAGAGGUGCACCGGAGAUGGCACGACGCAAGAGUCAAUGGCUCGCCUGUACGGCCGCCUCAUCACCUUCAUCUGCGAACCCACCGCGGGCGCCGUCUCCCGCUCGCAGCACCAAAACGCCCUCGACUCGGCCACGGACGCGGCCAAGCGGUCUGCGGGCCGGCACAUGUAUCUGGUGCUGAUGCAGUACGUGAAGCUGCAGCUGGAGGCCGACGUGCCGAGGGAGGUGCGUGAGGCGCUCGAGCCGGCGAUGAAUUCGAUAUUCGACGUGACGCCGCCGGAAGUGAGGAAGAUUCUGAACGAUGCUAUGGAUGCGAGCGGAAGAGCUAUUUUGAGGGAAAUGUUCAAGCGAUAUGUCAAGUUUGGCAAGUGGAGUGGUGUCUGA